AUGCACUCGACCAAACUCCUUCUCCAGCUACAGCCGCUGCACCCGCUCCUCCCGCUCGCCUUCGCAAUCUCGCUUACCGCCGCCAACUACCUCCUCUCGGUCAUCGCCUACGAGCCGACUCAGCGGAUCCUUCUCCUCGCGUCGCUCCCGUAUGUCGUAGCAGGACUCGCUCGAGCUGGAUGGCUGGCGGCGACGCGCGAAGAGCGAGGAGCGUUUUUGGCGGAGAUUCCGAGCGAGCGAAGCAGGCGGUACUGGGCGAUUGCGGCGCUGGACGUGGCAAAGACGACGUCGAAGAUGUUUGCGGCGUGGAGGAACGAGUUGUGGCUCUGGACGAGUGUCGAGGUCUUCGUUCCGGCCUUUUCGGCCAUUGUCGCCUACCUACGGCCCCUCCAAGCGCCAGAGAAGCCCUCGGACCGUCAGAGACAGCUCGUUACGCUCGCCCUCCUCGCCCUUCUCGCGGGUCUCCCGUUCGUCGCGGGUCUCGUCGACGGCAUCGGGCUUCUGCUGGCGAUUCUGAGUGCAGCGGCACAUGGAGCAUCGCAGCAGCUGUCACGGGAGCAUGUUGCUGAGCUUGAACACGAGGUGGACGAGCAGGCGGCCUCGGAGUUGGCGGGAGAGACGGGGCUGCGGUCACUGGCGAUCUUCGUCGUCACCUACCUCGCCCUCUUCCCCCUCGGCCUACACGAAUCGGCCGUGCCCUACGGCGUCUACCGCCGCCAGACGUACGAGCGCCUCUUUCCCUUCUUCGCCCUCCUCGCGCACGCCUUUCUCCUUCUCAGCACUGCGCAACCCGGUGCGCCCAGCUCGACGCUCAUGACGUCCGUCUACGCGGGCGCGACGGCAUCCGCCAUCGCCCUCUCUGUCCUGACCGGCUCCAAGACCGCCGAGUCGCCCUACCUUCUCACCACACUCCUCGGCAUCCUCAUUGCGCUCAUCGCCCUUGCCUACCAGCCGUCUCGACUUACGCUAGAACCCGAAGACGACGACCAGCCGUCCUCUUCCUCCUCGGCCUUCACCCACCCGCUCCUCCGCCUCGCCUUUCUCCUCCCAUACGCCCUCUUCAUCUUUAUGCAAGCCAUCAACCCCUCGACAUUCGACAUCGUCGUCGCGCACUACGACAAGCCCCUCCCCCUAUUCUCCGACCACCUCGAACGAGUCUAUACCGCUCCUCUCAUCCGACAGUCCCGCCGCCGCACGAUCGUCUAUCAUAAAGGCAACCUUACCCAGGACGCGCUCUGGGCUGGACUAGGUGGCGUCCUCCGCAAGGGAACGGACGAGGUGCACCUACUCCCGAACUACGGCCGCGAAGGGGGUACGUACCUCGAGCACCUCAUCGCGCGCUACGACCCCUCAACUCCUUCCUCCCUCAACCCCGACGCCCGCCCACUCGCACACCACACCCUCUUCCUCCAACCUCACAUGGCAUGGGACUGGAUCGCCGGCACACGUCUGCUCUACACCCUCAACCCGCGAACGGGGUUCGUAUCCCUCAGCAAGUACUUGACGAACCUCUGCGGGAAGGACUCGGAGCAAGGCGCGGUCUAUGGCGGGUUCAAGAAGGUGUUUGAGGAAGUCGAGGGACACGAGUGCAGGGAGGGGAAUGAGGAGGAUAGGGUGUUGCAGACUUGGUCAGGCCAGUUCGUGGUCAGCCGUGAGAGGAUCAGGCGGAACGAGCGAGGGCUGUAUGAGCGCUUGCGGGACGUGAUAGAGGCGCCAGACGACGACCCAAUCCACGACGCCUGGUCCCCCUCCGGUCCCUCAAACCGCUCCAACCCCGCCUUCGGCCACGCCCUCGAACGAGCCUGGCCGCUCCUCCUCCACUGCUCCUCGACCUCUAUCGCGCUUGAAUGCGCGGACGAUGGGUGGAAGGCUGGGUGGUGUCAGUGUUGGGAUUGA